CAGCCUUCAAAAGUGUUUAGUGUACCCGCUGCGGUCUGCAGGGUGCUAACUAAAUGAACCUGUAGGGGCUAGCUAACGCUACAGGCCGGUCUGAGCCGCUGCUGCCAUGACUCAGUCCGUUAUUGUUCAAGUCGGACAGUGUGGAAACCAGGUCGGAUGCAGGUUCUGGGAUCUGGCUCUGCGCGAGCACGCGCACGUCAACAAGAAGGGACAGUACGACGAGGCCCUCAGUAGCUUUUUCAGGAAUGUGGAUCCCAGGAGAAGCGAUGGAGGAUCCUGUUGUGUUGGAGGGAGGAUCCAACAUCUGAAGGCCAGAGCGGUCCUGAUUGAUAUGGAAGAGGGCGUGGUGAACGGGAUCCUGCAGGGCGCACUGAGGGAGGUGUUCGACAGCGCUCAGUUCCUCACAGACGUCUCGGGUUCAGGCAACAACUGGGCUGUUGGUAAUCUGACGUACGGCUCUGCCUACAAGGAGUUGAUAGUGGACAAACUGAGGAAGGCUGCAGAACACUGCGACUGUCUCCAGUGCUUCUUUCUCAUUCACUCAAUGGGAGGAGGUACAGGCUCUGGUUUGGGGACCAGAGUGCUCAGCCUGCUGGAAGAGGAGUUUCCUGACGUGUGUCGCAUCGUCACCGCCAUGUACCCAUCAGCAGAAGACGACGUCAUCACUUCUCCCUACAACAGCGUCCUUGCCAUGAGAGAGCUGACAGAGCAUGCAGACUGUGUCCUUCCUGUGGAAAACCAGUCUUUAGUGAACAUUGUGAACAAGAUCAGCCUUAUGUCUCAUGGUACAAAGCCUGGCUCUGUGCUGAGGAAGGACAGCGCCGUCACCUCUGGACAGGGCUCGCUCAGCCCAACAGAAAAACCUUUUGAUGCAAUGAAUAACAUAGUGGCUAACCUGCUGCUCAAUAUUACCAGCUCUGCUCGUUUUGAGGGCUCUCUCAACAUGGAUCUGAAUGAGAUUGCCAUGAAUCUGGUCCCCUUCCCUCGUUUACACUACCUUGUGCCCAGCCUCACCCCCCUGUACACACUGGCGGAUGUCAACAUUCCCACUCGAAGAUUGGAUCAGAUGUUCAGCGAUGCCUUCAGUAAAGACCACCAGUUAAUCCAAGCUGAUCCGAAACACAGCCUCUAUUUGGCCUGUGCUCUGAUGGUCAGGGGCAACGUGCAGGUGUCUGACCUCCGCAGGAACAUCGAGAGGCAGCUGAGAUCAUUUAACAUAUUUCUACUUCUGUCUUUCCAGGCUCACUUACAUCACUACCUUCAUGUAGACGGGAUGGAUCAGAGCAUCUUCUCAGAGUCUUUGUCUUCUCUUAAUGCGCUGAUCGAUGAGUAUCAUCAUCUAGAUGCCACAAAAGCCAGACUUCUGCCCGAUGCGCCCAGACUCUCCAUCGCCAGAUGAAACAUCUCUCCCCAUAAAAUAAAAACUCACCUUUUUAAAUCUGA